AUGAGUUCCUUGUCUGGAAUCCUUCAACGACCUCUCAUUGCCGCCGCCGCUGUUGGCUUUGCUUUAUUUUCUUCCGACUUCUCUCUCAGACUGCCUUCUCACAAAUCCAACCACUCUUCUACUUCUACCUCCUCCGACUUAUCAACUUCUUCCUCAUCAUGCGUUUCAGCCAUUUCAGUUUCUAAGCUUGCAAACUUGUCCUUUAUCUCCAGAAUUCGAGUACCUGUUCCCAACAUUAACUUCCCAAUUCCCAAUUCCGACUGCAAUUCUGGUCCCAAAUUGCUGUAUUCUUUGGUUGCAUCUUCCCCUGCUCUUCUUAAGUUGUAUCACUCUGCAGACUUGGGCAAAGCGCCGAACCCAACAGCAUAUAAACAUGAUAUAUCCUCAUCUACUUCCGUGCCUGAGGUCUCCUACAGAUGGCAUUUGCCUGAGCCAAAUGCAUUAGAUGUUUCCGGUACCUCCGAUUGUUCAUCAGCAAAGAUGAGGACUGUGGUGGUUUUGCUGGGAUGGUUAGGAGCAAAUCAAAAGCAUCUUAAGAGGUAUGCUGACUGGUAUACUUCGCAGGGGUUUCACGCCAUUACUUUUACUUUACCCAUGGCUGAAAUUCUUAAAUACCAGCCUGGUGGUAAAGUGGAAGAGCAUAUUGACUUGCUUGUAACUCAUUUGGCUGAUUGGUUAGAAGAAGAGCCGGGAAAGAACCUAUUUUUUCAUACUUUUAGCAACACUGGAUGGUUAACGUAUGGUGUAAUGUUGGAGAAGUUCCAGAAGAGGCACGAUCCUUCAAUAAUGGGCAGGAUUCGGGGAUGCGUUGUGGAUUCCGCACCUGUUGCAGCACCUGACCCGCAGGUCUGGGCCUCUGGUUUCUCUGCAGCCUUUCUGAAAAAGCGUAGUGUAGCAACAAAAGGGACCACCAGAGUAGACGCUAGUGAGUCAGGCAUGGAUGUUUUGAUUGACAGCAAGGGAGUGGCACCUAAACCUGCAGUAACUGAGGGAGCUUUGCUUUUAGUUUUGGAGAAGUUCUUUGAGGUGGUUUUGAAUCUUCCUACAGUGAACAGGAGGCUUUCUGAUAUUUUGGGCUUACUGUCAGCACGACAACCAAACUGUCCGCAAUUAUAUAUCUACAGCUCGGCAGACAGAGUCAUUCCUGCAGGAUCUGUGGAGUCGUUCAUAAAACAGCAGCGGAGGGCUGGACAUGAGGUUAGGGCUUGCAACUUUGUCUCGACACCUCAUGUUGAUCAUUUCAGAAAUGACCAGAAGCUGUAUACUUCUGAGCUAACUCAGUUUCUGGAGGACUGUGUGCUUGCUUGUUGCAAAAAGUAUCAUUAACCUAAAUUAUUAAACCAAUGACUGACUCCAAUUCUUUUUCCUCCGAAAGUGUAUACGCUGUCCAAUUGAUUCAUUGGCACUCAUUUUUUUUGUUGUACUUUGUU